AUAGAAUUAAUAUUUAAAAAAAUAAAAAAAAGGGACGAUGAUAACAAACAAGGCCUUUGUAGCCUGACUUUGAAUGUCCAAAUUAAAGAUUGGCCCAUUUCUUACUCGUUUUGGAUCAUGCCAUGUUGUGUCAUUUUCUCGAUUCGUGUCAUGUCAAUUUCAAGAUUCUCUAGUAACUUCAUGCUGUAGCUAGUCGCGCCAUCAGGUAAUAAUCCGCAAUGGAGUUUGAGCAAAGAAUGCACAAAUAAUUACUUUUCUUUCCCUUUCUCAUAUCCAUUUCAAGUCAUGCCUUCAUUUGAUUGAAAGUAACUUUACCUUUCAAAGAAGUAAUAUGGAUUAGGACUCGUCAGUGAAACAUCAUUCUCCAACAACUCAAGCUUCAGAAAAUUUUAAAAACAAAACACAUAAUAUUAAUGCAGAAGACCCUUAUUUGAGUUCCGUCUGGGCCGAUCUUCUCUUUAAUUAAUACCAUCCUCAUGAUUCGACGCGCAUGCCGUGGAUGUAUUAAUUAGUCUGCUUAACCAUUUAGAGAAAACAAUUAUUUUGUUAACUUCUUCGGUGUUCGGUUUCAGAGAAACAUGCUUUCGGGGCUAUAAUGGCUUUCAUGGCCUAAGAUACCAGAUUUAUCAGGAUGGAAUUUCAAUAGCUGAGGUGGUUCAUUGGCCAUUUUGAUUGCUUCUUAAUCUUACUGUUGUACUAAGUGCAGAUCUUUUGUUUGUUUAUUUAAUUUGAGGAUGAGAAUAUUUUGACUAUGCUCUAUUUACUACUCGUUUAUAAUUACUGCUAAUUCUUAACGAUAUCUUCAAUAAUUCAGUAUGGUUACAAGAGAAGUGAUCAUAGAGUUUAAAUGGCUACUGCCACCGGACAACUCAGAUCAGGAACUUCUUCAACAGUAGCUCUAACCAACAUGGAAAUAAUUAUUUGGAAAGCCUGUUUCAUAAUUGGGACUUGUAUUAUAAUUGUGAUUUCCUUCACAAACAGAAAGGACCGGACCCCUUCUCGUUGGUUGCUGAUGAACUGUCGCUGCUUGCGAAUAGAUUGCGAUCAAUGGUGGCUACUGAGGUCCCUAAACUGGCAUCAGCUGCUGAAUACUUCUUCAAAAUGGGAGUUGAAGGAAAGAGAUUCCGCCCCACCGUCUUAUUGUUAAUGUCAUCAGCUUUGAAUGUGCCUAUACGAGAAUCAAUUGCUGAUGGAGUGUCUGGUGGCUUGUCAAAUGAGUUGCGCUCUCGACAGCAGUCGAUCGCAGAAAUAACUGAAAUGAUUCAUGUGGCAAGCCUUCUUCAUGAUGAUGUUUUGGAUGAUGCCGAUACUAGGCGCGGCAUAGGUUCAUUGAACUUUGUAAUGGGGAACAAGCUUGCUGUUCUAGCUGGUAACUUUCUGCUUGCUAGAGCCUGCAUUUUACUUGCAUCACUGAAAAACACUGAGGUUGUAUCUCUUAUGGCAACUGCUAUAGAACAUCUUGUUACAGGUGAAAAGAUGCAGAUGACAACAACUUCUGAGCAGCGCCGCAGCAUGGAGUACUACUUGCAGAAGACAUACAACAAGACUGCAUCGCUGGUUUCAAACAGUUGCAAAGCUAUUGCAGUUCUUGCAGGGCAAACUUCGGAAGUUUCAAUGCUUGCGUAUGAGUAUGGUCGCAAUUUGGGUUUAGCGUAUCAGUUGAUUGAUGAUGUACUCGAUUUCACGGGCACGUCAGCUGCACUCGGGAAAGGCUCCUUGUCUGACAUUCGACAUGGAGUCGUAACAGCGCCAAUAUUAUUUGCGAUAGAAGAGUUCCCCCAAUUGCGUGAAGUUGUUGACCGGGGUUUCAAAAAUCCUGCAGAUGUUGAUAUUGCCCUUGGCUACCUUGGUAAGAGCUGUGGAAUUGAGAGGACGAGAGAAUUGGCGAAAGAACAUGCAAAUCGCGCAGUAUUAGCAAUCGAGGCUCUUCCGGCGAGUGAUGCUGAGGAUGUUCUAAGUACAAGGCGUGCCCUUAUCGAUCUUACUCAUAGGGUCCUUACAAGAACUAAGUGAAGUGCAUACUCUCACUCACAACUCAGAUCCCUUCUGGAGUAGCCAUGCUACAAGUAUGUUGUGAAAUUGUAAUCUAAUCAGAUGUUUCGGAUUGAUGAUUUUCGCAUAUUUAUGCGCAAGCUCACAGGGGCUUGAUGAUUGAGAAAAUCGAUCCAGAUUUGUUUUUCCCAAUUUUGGUCCACAUAUCAGAUGAUUCUUGUUUCCUAGUUCUGAUGUAUGAUAAUAUAUAUCCAUAAGCUUGUUACUUUCAGCAUUCACUUCAUCA